GUCUGGCUCGACUCUUCUUUGACCACGUCCAAUCCUGGCUGCCCAUUCUUCACAAGCCAAGCUUUCUCCGAAGCUUAUCCGCAACGCUCGAAAACCGGCCCGAUGGCUUUGCCCAGCUCCCCGUCAAUGAAGCCCUGCUCCUGUGCAGCAUGUUCGCAUUGUCGUGCAGGUUUCUGUCACCUCAUGAGCUAGGCGGCUUGACUACGCAGCAAUGUGUAGACGUAUAUACUCAACAUACCAUACAAACGUACAAAGACGCCCGCAGCAUCGAGACGCCUCCAACUUUGGCGUACCUGCAAGGCUGCGUACUCUUGGCUUUCAACUACUAUACUUCCGGUCUCAACUUCCAGGGAUGGAUUUGCGUAGGAGUGUGUGUCAGACUAGCAUACGAAUUGGGAAUCGCAGACAUCGACUCUGAAGAGGACGAGGUCACAAUCGCCUUGGACUGGGUAGAGAAGGAGGAGCGACGUCGCGCUUGGUGGCUCGUUUGGGAGCUCGACACCUUCGGGUCCUCCAUUUCCAAACGUCCGUUUUCGACUGAUUGGCGCCGCGCCGCCGUGAAGCUUCCAGUAUCGGACCAAGCUUGGUUCGCCACGCAGGAGGUGGACGCGCCAAGAUUGCCAUCAAGAUGGGGAAACAUACAGACUAUCUUUGAUGAGAUGCCCCAGACAGAUGCCAGGCCAUGGUUCCUUCUAGCACAACUGCUCAAUGUUCGUGCCCACGAAUAUCUCCAGCAGAAUGUAGGCGUGAGUCUCGAUGAACGUACCAUCCUGGAGAAUGAGAUCAAUUGUUUGAGGCUAGGAUUGCCUUCCUCUUUCAAUUUGCUGAGCAACCAGGUCGACUCGUCGGCCUACGAGACAUCGAACUCGAAUUGGAACUGGAUCGUGGGGACAAAUCUUCUCCUGUCUUCGACCAGCUACAUUAUCCGCAACUUAGUAGUCGACGAGCGGGACGGUGGUGAUCUGGGCAUCUGCCGUCAUACCGCGCCAAACGGGCGGCGAACAAGAGCUGUGGAGCUCACCAAAAUCACAAGUUAUUGGCCCUUGGAAUUUUUCCCUACUUCCCACCCAUUCCUGGCUUGCUUGUUGUUGACGGUGGACGUCCGGAAGGGAUGGAACCCAACUGACACGCCAUUAUCUACUUCAUCCAAUAUAGUCACAAAAAUGAUUCAGCACAAACUCGGGGGAAAAUGGAGACUAGCCUCUUUAGCGCUCCGUAUGAAUGAGAUUCUCGGCCGCCCGACCGACCUUAGUUCUGUCGACAUGCAGUUGAUCCAUCGCUAUCCUGUCUGGUUUUCGCAGGAGCUGCGACGCGAAGCUGCCGCAGCACUCACUAGGCAGUCGAAUCAGCAAGAACAAGCAUCUUCGACGAGUCGGGAAGGAACGCGCCCAGCAUGUUACGACUACUUCAAAAAAGUCCCGCCCGUCAGCCUUUUCAGGGCUGGCAAAGAGACUCCAAGCAGCCAUUCAUCUACGUUACCCAACCUGCAGGGGGCUCCUGGCACGCACGAAGGCAACGUUGAGGCAAUGGAGUUUUGGAACUUAGAUUUCACCAACUGCGACUUUCAGGUGCCGCAAGACAUGAAUGAGCCGGAGUGGCCGGAUGCUUUCCUUGACGCACCCAUCAGCUAGCUUGUUGAGGCCUGCGCCAUUUGGACAGAGAUGCCAGUAUCGAGUCUAGACGGCAAGAUUUCACUGCUGGAAAGCAGCACGCAUAGCGACCUUUUCCUCGUCGAUAUUGCCCACGGUUCCUGUGAAACCCUCUUCCAGACCUGGAUCGACUUGAUGAACGCGAAUUGAUCCUCCCGGCUCAAAUGCUGCUCAGUGGCGAUUUUCACUACCUCCAGAGCAAUGUCCUCACUGAUACUGGCCUCCUCCGAGCCUGAG